ACCUAUGGCCAGUUGUUUAGAGAGAGUCGUCGGGUAUGGUGCUGCUAUUAGUGCGGUUGAUAAAAAUCGCUUGAAACGACAAAAACAAAAGUAAAUAACAAAAAAAAAAAAUAGUUCUACAUAUACGCCAAGAUCAGCUGGUAUAGCUUAAUCAACAACAACUAAGCGUAAAUGGAUUAAAUAUUGGUCAAGUUCAAUAAACAUUUUAAAAAUAAGCAUGCUUUCGUAGUAUGUACUUGUUUUGCGCGUUUUAUUCAGAAAAAAUAAAUACUCUCAACAAGCCGCCGUUAUUGUUAUUUGUCAAUGUGAGAAACUACAGUAACUUCGAAAGGCAUUCAAACAACAACAACAAAACAAACAAAGAUGAAGAUUUAUUCCAACGAUUGUGUCACCCCAUUUCGUAAAGAAAAUAAUUAAAUAUUUUUGCUCGUGCGCAUUAUAAUUAUUUAUAAAUGACCAUCCAAACAAAAUAUAAGCGUAUAUAUACAAAUAAACUGUGCUUAUAUACUGUAUAACAGAAAAAAAAGAAAACAAAACAAAUCAAUUGCUCUAAUAUUCACAGAAGAAACCCCUACUGUUAGAGCAACUACAACGUCAACAAAAGUUUAGAAAGAAAACUAAAUUAUUUAUUUUACACAAGAUUUCAACAAAUAAAACAACAAAAAAUGAUGGCCUCAACCCCUUUGGCAGUUUGUACAAAACCGAAAUUUCUUAUAGAAAAUUUCAAAAAAUCUUCAGAUAUUCUUAGCUCUCUGUCCAUGCGUUACGAACAACUGCUGGCAAGUGAGAAAUACUACGAUUGUGUUUUUCUCAUUGGCGAACAUGAGGUGCGAUGUCAUAAGUUGAUCUUGGCCACUGCCAGCCCUGUAUUUGAGGCCAUGUUCUAUGGUCCCAUUAGUGAGAAACAGAAUAUCAUUGAGAUUCUCGAUAUGAGCUAUGACAUAUUCAAACUUAUGAUUGUCUACAUCUAUAAAGGAUUACUGGACUUUUGCGCCUUGACACUGGAGGAGACUAUUGAGCUGUACUAUGGAGCAGAGAAAUAUCUGCUCAAUGAACUUAAACUGGAAUGUUUGGAUGCCAUACAAUUGAAAUUGCGCUUCUCCAAUAUAUUGGCUGCCUUGGAGUUGAGCAUUUGUCUGGAUCUAAGUAGUCUUUUGAGCAUCUGUUUUAAUUUCUUUACACGUUGCUGUUUGAAAGAAGCCCAAUUUGUGGCCCAUUUGAAAACGCAUUACUAUCAUGUCUCCAAGGAUUGCAUAAAGACCAUAAUAUCCAUGUGCAAAGAACAAAUACCAGCCCAAAACUUGCUGUGGUUCAUUUACGAGUGGUGCCAGCAGGAAUGUGAGGAAAUGGGCCUAAAACAAACCGAAUGCUCGACCAUUAUCGAGGAUCUCAAUCUGAAGGAUAGCGAAGCCGAACUCAAGCACAUGGACAAUGACAACAAGACAAAGCUCAAGCCCCAGUAUUCACAGUCCUUGGAAAGAUGUUACUACAAGGCUUGUAGACCCUUCACUGUUGACUAUGACAACUGUGAGUGGGCAACUUGCAUUAAAUCCAACCGCUUUAUCUCCCUGCAAGGUUUAACGCUACACAGUCGUUUGACUCCCCAUCUGACGCGUUUCAGUAUACCCAGUGAUUAUUUGGAGAACAUGAUCAUAGAAAUUACAGCCCCCACUCAUGAUGACUCGCUAAUGUGGAGCCAUACAGUCAGCAAACAAUUGACCAAAUACAAUUGCGAUGUCAAUGUGAAAUGGGCCGAGGGUAUUGUGCUGUCGCCGGACAUAGAGUACCAGAUAAAGCUCUUGUGGCAUCCCUCUCAAAGCCAAGGUGCCGAAUAUCCCUGCUCGUUAUUUUCUAGCCAAGUCGAGGGCAUACAAUUUCGAGAUUUGGUUACACAUAGCGGUAGUCUAAUUAAGGGUAUACAUUUUGUAAACCUAGUCUAAGCUAAUAUUUCAAGGGCUUUGAGGGGAACAAAAGUAGCAUGCAUUGAAAGACCCAGGACUAGCAUACCUUCUUAGUAAUAAUAAUGAAAAUAUAAAUAAAAAUAAUUUCUACUAUCUAUUUAAAUUAAAA